UGCAUUUGCACUGCAAGUCACAGCCAUCACGCCAAUUGACUCCCCAUCUGAGGGAGUUCUUUAUGAUAGCUACUGUUACCAGGAGGACAUUACUGCAUCCGAUUGACCUCCUGUUGCACGAUAUCAGGAUACCCACUCCUUUUUCUGUCAAGAUGUCACGCCCCAGCAGUAUCAUCUCGUCCAUGUGUCGAUCAUGUCGGCGGACAUACAUGUCGACGCAGACACAGACACAGACACGACGCUACGCAUCCAGCAACACAAAUACCUCUUCAAGCACACGCCACAGUCACGAGCCGAGCAGUCUGGCCGAAAGACUAGGGAUCCGAGUUGAACCAGAGACGCCUCCAGCCGAACCGCAGGCACUCGACCAGAUCGCCGAAGCACUACGCAAACCAAGCAAGACGACUUCUUCCUCAACCUCAACCUCAUCCUCCGAGGAUCUCAGUUCGCUAUUGAGCGGCGACUUGAGGUCGAUUGCACGAAGCGCGCGCGACGAAGCGGCCACACGACCAAGCGCUCGAGUCUCGGCCGACGAGCCGUACCACCUGACGGUAUAUGCGCACAAGCACAACACCCACAUCACGUUCACGGAGCCGUCGCGGAACCCGAUCCUGUCGCUGUCGACGGGCAACCUGGGUCUGCGGAAAGCUCAGCGCAGCUCCUAUGACGCCUCCUACCAGUUGGCCAGCUACACGUUCCGCAAAAUGGCCGAGAAACAGUGGCGGAUUGGCGGCAAGAAAAACACUUCUAAUCCUAUGCUGACACUGGCCGAUGUCCGCAAGCCCGGCGCCAUGUCUGGAGGUGCGGGGAUAGAGGUCAUCAUGCGAGGAUACGGGCCCGGCAGAGAGGCGUUUCAAAAGGCCCUUUUGGGCACUGAGGGCCGCAUGAUCAAACCUUUGGUUUCGAAGGUUACGGAUUCCACACGUCUCAAGUUCGGAGGCACCAGGAGUCCCAAGGUGCGGCGGUUGGGAUGAGCUGGGCACAGCACCCAGAAUUGCAAAGGAAGAGAAAGCGCCCCGCUACCAUUUCGACACUUGUAGUUUAUACAUACCUGCGUUGCUGUCGUCUUCUCCCUGGUGUGCUCUGGGUUUGUCGGUAUGUUGCAUUGUCCACGGUGUACAAUGGAUGGGAAGUAUGCAAAAGACAAAAUGAGAACAUGGCACGUUCUCACGUGAAGCCUGGGUUCAUUGCAAGUCAUUUGUUGACAUCGAAAGUAAACUAGUGGAAUCCUCGUUUUGGGAAAAGGUCCAAUGUCAACCCAAGGUUCAGUCGGUGGAAGGGAGCAUCACAAUAUAACAGACUCCAGGAAUUCUUGAAAUUGCACGGUACGGCUUUACAGUAAGCAGACCGGGACAACCCUCGAAUGUGUAGAUAGCUAUCUUGGAAAGUCUUCGUUCCUCUUUUUUUGGGCGAAAAAGAUAAAUACAAAGAACAAAAUCCCACCGCCAACACUGACCAGGAACCCAAAUUCUCUUCUAUACCUUGACCACUUCUGAUCCGUGUUGGGCGCCAUGACAAGACGA